UUUGUAUUUGUGUUGUAGGCUAGCCGAAGAAGAUGGCUAGCGAGUUAUAAGUUUGACAUCAUAUAAUUUUGAUAAAUGCAUAAAUAUUAAAUAUAAGCGUUCUUAGUUUUCAUCUUUCAAAAAACUUAGUCAGAAGUCCAAAAUGAUAACGAAAAUAAUUGUCAUACUAUUAAUUAUAUCUUCAACAAUUUAUCCUUCCAUUGCUUUGCUGGAUCCCAUAUCUGUCUCAGUUGGAGCAGCGGUCUUAGCAGGUUUAGGCUAUAAUUUUGAUUUUGUGAAAGAAAAAACUUACUGUAAGUUGCAAGAAUGUUGCAACGAUGAUUACAUUCCUGGAUAUGUUUCAAAAUUGGAGGAUGAAUUAGAGUCACACCUGUUCGGUCAGCAUAUAGUCAUACAAAAGGUUAUUCCCGCCUUGCAAGCACACUUUAAUAAAGGGACGCAUUCUAAAAAAUCCUUAGUACUUAGUUUCCAUGGAACGCCCGGUACGGGGAAGAACUAUGUUGCCGAUUUUAUGGCCAAAACACUUUACAAAAAAGGAUUGUCCAGUAAAUUUGUUCAUGUUUUUAAAGGAAGAGCUGAUUUUCCGCUUCAAAGUGAAAGCGAACUAUAUUCUAGACAAAUUAAAAUGUUAGUUGAAAAUGCAGUCAUGGAGUGUCCACGCUCACUUUUUAUCUUUGAUGAAGUUGAUAAAAUGCCUAACGGAAUAUUCGAAGCACUUACAUCACUUGUAGAUUAUUCUUCGAAAAACAAAGAUGUUGAUUACAGGCAGGCCAUUUUUGUGUUUCUUUCAAAUACAGCAGGGGUAAAUAUUGCUACACAUUUGGGAUCCCUUUUAAGUAAGGGAAUUUUGCGAGAGGACACGAAAAUGAGUGAUUUUGAGAAUAUACUUGAAGUUGGAGCCUAUAAUCUCGAAGGUGGAAUGAAAAAGACAGGCUUGAUAGAAGCACAUGUCGUAGACCAUUAUAUUCCAUUUUUACCACUUGAAAAAGAACAUGUAGCUAAGUGUAUAGAGGCAGAGUUUCGAAGGUGGGGCAAGAUACCAUCAAGUGAAAUUACUGAAAAAAUAAUUGAAGAAUUUGUCUCGUUUGAGAAGAAAACUGGAUUGUUUGCUACAUCGGGAUGCAAGAGACUCGAUAAAAAAGUUGUUGUGGAGGGAAAAAUGAUGUUUUAAAAAAAAUAAACUGUUGUUUUUUUACCUUUUCAGAAA